AUGUUCUACUACAUUUCGUUCUUGCGACCACCUCCCACCCAGGCCGCCUUAUCUGGCGAACCCAUCCACAUCACCCCUCAAAUUGCCAACGAUCUACGAACAGAAUAUUACACAGAUGUCCAAGAUAUAUUCUAUUCGUGGGCCUUGCAGUCGCCCACGCCAAGCUCGUCAGUGAUAACAAAGCCUGUGAAGCUGACGAGCUGGAGGGCAUCUACGAUGUACAAGGAGAUACCCGUCCCUCCCCCUCGAAAUGCCUGUAAUGGAGAGUACUGGCGUCUUAUCCUUAGCUCUGGCACAUCACGCAAAGAUCAGGUACUUUCCCUUAACGAUGAAAAUCUGGGGCACCGGCCAUUCCCCGUCCUCUCCGAUCCUAUCCUUUUCUCCACUCGCCCAAGCAAGGUUGUAAAGCAAGAGCGGAUUCGAAGAUCAUAUGCUUUAACCGAGACCAAUAAAGACCACCCUACGAUAUUUCACAUCAUUGAACAAACCUCUUUUGAUCUUGACAAGAAAAUAUGGGACAGCGGUAUUGGCCUUAGCUCUUGGUUAGUGCAACUUCAUUUUGGCAUGGUUUCCAACACCGCCCUGGUUUCAAAAGCGAAGAACGCACUCUUCGCCUCCAAGUGCGCAGGGACAGGCAUAGUCGCUAUCGUUCUUGGCAUUUUGCGAGGCUUGCUAGAUUCACCUGUGUCAUCAGGAAAAAUUAUAACCACUGAUUUACCCUCUGCUUUGCCGCUAUUACAAAGCAAUAUUAACUCAAGUCGAUCUCUCUACCACCCUGGGAACGCACCGGAGGGCGCUGUUCUCGACUGGGAUGAACCUGACAUUUCCACCCAGGUAGCGUCGUUUGUCAGUGGCAUCGACGUGAUCGUGAUGGCAGAUGUCACAUACAACACUGCAUCAUUUCCUGCACUCAUCGGAACACUCUCCUGGCUUAUCAGGUUUUCAAUGAAUAUCGCACCAACAAAACCUCCACUGAUCAUCCUUGGAUACAAGGAACGAGAUGUUGCAGAACGUACUCUUUGGGAAAUGGCAGAGAAAAUCGGCAUACGUUUUGAGGAGGUCGCUCAAGUUCCUGGAGCAGAGGGCACACCUGUUGAGGUUUGGGUGGGGACGGUGUCGGUUAAUACACAGUGA